CAUACCGAUUCCAAACGCUCUUUUCGUUCUGUUUCGUUACCGCGUGAUGUCUUUUCUUCCAUUAUUUUACGGUUUCCCGCAAAAAUCCAGUAAAAAGUGAAAAAAUGGCCGAUUCCAUAGACGAGUUGUUCGAUUGCUUCGAAGCAAAUGCAGAAGAUGCUUCGGGAGUGGUUGAAGAAAACUCGGCAUCUGAAGGUGAUGAUAAGAGGCAAAUUGUUAAGAGAAUCAAUGAGGAUGCUGAAGAUAUUGCGGUGAAGAAAAUUCGUACGGAUGAUGUUAAUGUUGAUGAUAUUAAUUUUGAAGAAUUGAAAAACAGAAUAGUGGUUCACAGUAUAGACACUCUUGGAUCUUGUACACAUGAGGUGGCAUGUCCUCCGGGCCAAAAAUAUGCUCCUUUACAACCCCGGGAGGGCGAACCAGCAAAAGUCUAUCCAUUUACCCUAGAUCCCUUUCAAAACGAGUCAAUUUUAUGUGUGGAUAAUAAUCAGUCAGUUUUGGUAUCUGCACAUACAUCAGCAGGAAAAACUGUUAUAGCUGAAUAUGCCGUUGCAAAAUCCUUAAAAAAUAAGCAGAGGGUAAUAUACACAACACCAAUCAAAGCUUUAUCAAAUCAGAAAUACCGAGAAUUUUUAGAGGAAUUUAAAGAUGUUGGUUUGGUUACUGGAGAUGUUACUAUCAACCCAUCAGCAUCUUGCCUUAUAAUGACAACUGAGAUUCUAAGGAACAUGCUUUACAGAGGCUCAGAAAUAAUGAGAGAAGUCGGAUGGGUAGUAUUUGAUGAAAUCCAUUACAUGAGAGAUAAAGAAAGAGGUGUUGUCUGGGAGGAAACACUUAUAUUAUUGCCACAUAAUGUACAUUUCGUAUUUCUGUCUGCCACUAUUCCCAAUGCAAGGCAAUUUGUGGAAUGGGUAGCUCACCUACAUCAGCAACCUUGCCAUGUGGUUUAUACUGAUUAUAGACCUACUCCUUUGCAGCAUUUUAUUUAUCCUGCAGGUGGAAGUGGUAUUCAUAUGGUUGUGGAUGAAACGGGAACAUUUAAAGAAGACAGUUUUAAUGCUGCAAUGGCAGUAUUGCAAACCGGUGGCGAUGCAGCAAAAGGGGAUCAAAAGGGUAGAAAAGGCGGAAUCGCUGGUAAAAACCCCGCAGAAACAGAUAUUUUUAAAGUGGUAAAAAUGAUCAUGGAACGAAAUUUUGCUCCCGUGAUUAUUUUCAGUUUUAGUAAAAAAGAGUGCGAAGUAUACGCCACACAGAUGGCUAAGCUGGACUUUAAUACAGCACCCGAAAAGCAACUAGUCGAUGAAGUUUUUAACAAUGCAAUGGACGUUUUGUCUGAAUCGGAUAGACACUUGCCGCAAGUGGAGAAUAUUUUGCCGCUAUUAAGGCGUGGAAUAGGCAUUCAUCAUGGUGGUUUAUUGCCAAUUUUAAAAGAAACCAUUGAAAUCAUGUUCGGUGAGGGUCUUAUUAAGGCCCUGUUUGCCACAGAAACAUUUGCUAUGGGGUUAAAUAUGCCUGCGAGAACUGUUUUGUUUACUUCGAUGAGUAAAUUUGACGGACAACAAAUGAGAUGGAUAACAUCUGGCGAAUACAUCCAGAUGUCUGGUAGGGCCGGUAGAAGAGGUCUAGAUGAUAAAGGUAUAGUGAUAUUAAUGGUGACAGAAAAAGUACCACCAGCGGUUGGAAGAGAAAUCGUGAAAGGACUCCCAGACCCCAUUAACUCUGCUUUUCAUUUAACUUACAAUAUGGUACUGAACUUGCUGCGAGUUGAGGAGAUUAAUCCCGAAUACAUGUUGGAACGGUCGUUUUACCAGUUUCAGAACCAGACCAAUAUUCCAAUCCUUCAUGAAGAUUACUUAAAAAAACUGGCCGAGUUUAAUGAAAUUGAAGUAAAAGAAGAGGACAAGGUUGCUACUUAUUAUGCAAUAAGAAGGGAAUUGGAUUUUCUUGGCGUACAAUUUAGAGAAUAUUUAACAAGACCACGCUAUUUACUGCCUUACAUGCAACCUGGAAGGCUUGUUAAGAUUAAAACCGAAGAAGCAGAAUACGACUGGGGUGCAAUAGUCAACUUUAAAAAAUUACAAGAAGUUCAAACUACAAGAAAACAGGGAAAAGUAAAAACAAAAGCUGUAACUAAAGUGAUGCUGGAUAUUUUAUUAAAUGUAAUCCCGGGAGAAGGAGAGAAUGUUGAAAGUAUUAUACCAAAGCCUUGUAUAGAUGGACAGAAAGGAGAGGUGGAAAUCGUGAGUGUUGAAUCCAAAUAUGUUACUCACAUCUCACAGGUGCGUCUUUUCUGUCCUCCAGAUUUAAGAUCCAAAGAUGCGCGUAAGGGUAUGUACAAAGCUAUAAAAGAAGUAAAAAAACGAUUUCCUGAGGGUCCUCCUUUGCUGGACGCUGUAAAAGACAUGAAAAUCGAUGAUCCAGACUUCCUUGGUAUCGUAAAGAAAAUUGAGAUUUUGGAAAAAAAGCUUUACGAUCAUCCAUUGCACAAAAGUGAAAUCUUAGCGACCGAAUAUGAUAAGUACGAAAAAAAAGUGAUGGCUGAAACGGCUUUAUCCGAAGCAAAAGAGAAACUGUUAAACGCCAAAUCGGUACUGCAGUUGGACGAGCUAAAGUGUCGCAAAAGAGUUUUGAGACGACUAGGCUAUUGUACUAGUAGUGAUGUUAUUCAGUUAAAGGGACGAGUUGCGUGCGAGUUAAGCAGCGCGGACGAAUUAUUAAUAACGGAAAUGUUAUUCAACGGUCUUUUCGGCAGUCUAACGCCCCAACAGGCCUGUGCAUUGCUAAGUUGUUUCGUUUUUGAUGAAAGAUCGAACGAGUCACCUAAAGUGUGUGAUGAACUGACUGGGCCUCUACGACAAAUGCAGGACUUGGCACGCCGCAUAGCAAAAGUAAGCAACGAGGCGCGCUUACCAAUAGACGAAGACAAAUACGUCGAACAAUUCAAACCAUUCCUUAUGGAAGUUGUAUUUUCUUGGGCGAAUGGCGCUUCUUUUGCUGAUUUAUGUCAAAUGACUGAAGUUUUUGAAGGAUCCAUCGUCAGGUGUAUGAGGCGACUCGAGGAAUUACUAAGGCAAAUGGUGCAGGCCUCCAAAACCAUUGGUAAUAUUGAGUUAGAGGAUAAGUUUAAUCAUGCUAUUAAGAUUAUUAAGAGGGACAUAGUGUUCUCUUCAAGUUUAUAUUUAUAAUUUGUUAUUUUAAUCUAUUUUCGGUUUGUACAUUUAAAACCUUAGUUAAUUUUUUUCAAAUAAUAAAUUUUGUUUUAAAAUU